GUCACGUGGCAUGGGGAGAGGUGGGCGGGGACCUCGGUGCUGCUCACGACGUCCGUGGAGGUAGUGGCCCUCGACUGUGUGGUCUAGGUUUUGAGUCUCGCCACACGGCUCUUCCCCAUCAGCCCGCUGGUCCACGCCGUCCUCCUUGGGCACGGCUUCCGCACUGGCCCUGCGCUGUUGGCGCUAGCGCGUCAGUUUGCGGGUGUGCGCAGGCGCAGCGGGGGCGCCAAGUCCUGUUGGGUGGGCGGCUGAGCCCGGGAGCGCGCGAGCGAGACCAUGGCGGGCAGCAGCGCAGGGGGCGGUGGUGUAGGCGAGACGAAGGUGAUUUACCAUCUGGAUGAAGAAGAGACUCCUUACCUGGUGAAGAUCCCUGUCCCGGCGGAGCGCAUCACGCUCGGCGAUUUCAAGAGCGUUUUGCAGCGGCCCGCGGGCGCUAAGUACUUUUUCAAGUCUAUGGAUCAGGAUUUUGGGGUGGUGAAGGAAGAGAUCUCCGAUGACAAUGCCCGCCUACCUUGCUUCAAUGGAAGGGUUGUCUCCUGGCUCGUGUCGUCAGAUAACCCCCAGCCUGAGUCGGCUCCCCCAGCCCAUGAAUCUCGGACAGAACUGGUUCCUCCACCUCCACCAUUACCCCCUUUGCCACCAGAAAGGACCAGUGGCAUUGGGGACUCAAGGCCUCCGUCCUUCCACCCCAAUGUAUCCGGCAGCCAUGAAAAUCUAGAGCCUGAGACAGAAACCGAAUCUGUUGUAUCACUGAGACGAGACCGACCUAGGAGGAGAGACAGCAGUGAGCAUGGCGCUGGUGGUCACAGGCCUGGUGGUCCCUCAAGGCUAGCACGCCACCUGGCUGGGUACGAGAGCUCUUCCACCCUCAUGACCAGUGAGCUGGAGAGUACCAGCUUAGGAGAUUCAGAUGAGGAUGACACCAUGAGUAGAUUCAGCAGCUCCACUGAGCAGAGCAGUGCUUCCCGCCUCCUCAAGCGCCACCGAAGGCGAAGGAAGCAGCGGCCACCACGAAUGGAGAGGACCUCAUCCUUUAGCAGCGUCACUGAUUCCACAAUGUCUCUCAACAUCAUCACAGUCACGCUCAACAUGGAGAAGUACAACUUCCUGGGCAUCUCCAUUGUGGGCCAAAGUAACGAGCGUGGUGAUGGAGGCAUCUACAUCGGCUCCAUCAUGAAAGGGGGUGCGGUGGCUGCAGAUGGGCGGAUCGAGCCUGGAGACAUGCUUUUACAGGUAAAUGAUAUGAACUUUGAAAAUAUGAGCAACGAUGAUGCUGUACGGGUGCUGAGAGACAUUGUACACAAACCAGGCCCCAUUGUGCUGACUGUGGCCAAGUGUUGGGACCCCUCUCCCCAGGCCUACUUCACCCUCCCUCGAAAUGAGCCCAUCCAGCCCAUUGAUCCUGCCGCAUGGGUGUCCCACUCGGCUGCGCUGACUGGCGCCUUCCCUGCUUACCCCGGCUCUUCAUCUAUGAGCACUAUCACAUCUGGCUCCUCUCUGCCUGAUGGCUGUGAAGGCCGGGGUCUCUCUAUACACAUGGACAUGGCCUCUGUGACCAAGGCCAUGGCAGCCCCAGAGUCUGGGCUAGAAGUCCGGGACCGCAUGUGGCUCAAGAUCACCAUCCCAAACGCCUUUCUAGGCUCAGAUGUGGUAGACUGGCUGUAUCAUCACGUGGAAGGUUUUCCUGAGCGCCGGGAGGCCCGCAAGUACGCCAGUGGGCUGUUGAAGGCAGGACUCAUCCGGCACACCGUCAACAAGAUUACUUUCUCUGAGCAGUGCUAUUAUGUCUUUGGGGACCUCAGUGGCGGCUGUGAGAGUUACCUAGUUAACCUGUCUCUGAAUGACAAUGAUGGUUCCAGUGGGGCUUCAGACCAGGAUACCCUGGCUCCUCUGCCUGGAGCUACUCCCUGGCCCCUGCUGCCGACCUUCUCCUACCAGUAUCCAGCCCCACACCCCUACAGCCCUCAGCCUCCUCCCUACCAUGAGCUUUCAUCUUACACCUAUGGUGGAGGCAGUGCCAGCAGCCAGCAUAGUGAGGGGAGCCGGAGCAGUGGGUCAACAAGAAGUGAUGGGGGGGCCGGGCGCACAGGCAGGCCUGAGGAACGGGCCCCUGAGUCAAAGUCUGGCAGUGGCAGUGAGUCUGAACUCUCCAGCCGGGGAGGCAGCCUUCGGCGGGGUGGGGAACCUGGUGGGACUGGUGAUGGUGGCCCCCCUCCAUCCAGGGGCUCGACAGGCGGUACUCCUAAUCUUCGAGCUCUUCCAGGGCUCCAUCCCUACGGACCUCCCCCUGGCAUGGCUCUCCCCUAUAACCCCAUGAUGGUAGUUAUGAUGCCUCCACCCCCACCUCCUGUCUCGACAGCAGUGCAACCCCCUGGUGCCCCUCCAGUCAGAGACCUGGGCUCUGUGCCCCCAGAACUGACAGCUAGCCGCCAGAGCUUCCACAUGGCCAUGGGCAACCCCAGUGAGUUUUUUGUAGAUGUUAUGUAGGACCCAUGUUAAGGCCACAUUGGGUCUGUGCCCUUGGCCUGGCGAGUUUCAGCUUGGUGCUCUUCAUAGUGCCUGGGCUCAGCCUAGUGGCUGGUGCCUACCAAAAAAUUUUGCCACUGUGACUCUCACCAGCAGUGCCUGGUCCUUCCCCUUCUUCUGGGGUAAAUGGGGACCUUUGGUUAUUUUUAGCUUUAUUUUUUAUAAGCUUUUUUGGGGGGGUUAAAAUAGACUUUCUUAUAUUUGGGGGAGUAUUUUUUUAAAUAGACAGUUCCUCUUUUAUAUGGAGAAUCCCUUCAUGUAAAAUUUCCUGAGUCCCUUCUAACCCCAGAAUAUGACCACCACCUCCAGUUGCCUAGUCAGCUCUCACGUCGAGGGUGGGUGGUGGUCAGUGGUACCCUGGGAAGAAGAAGGGUGGUCUGUACCCCAGACAGCAGUCCAAGGAGGCUGGUGGUGUGUUGGGGACUGUGUAGCUGCCUUUGUUACUCUAUUUAUUUUAGUCACUUGUAUAAAACACCAAAUAAAGCAAAUAGAGGCCAAC